GAGAUACAAAAACGCAUGCAACCCAAAUCUCAUAUUCCUAAUUCUCUCUCUCUCUCUCUGAUCCCUCUCUUCUCUCUCUCUCUUAGAGUUAAUUAUUCCGUAUUAAUUCUAGCUAGUUUGUACACUUGUGCUUUUGGCUUCCAUUCUUGGAAAUAAUGGCAGCCAAACGGUUUUUUAACGAUUCGGACUCAGACCAGCCAAAUGGAAAACGAAUGAGAACUAGACCUUCUUUUGCUUCUGUAAUCGGAGAAGUGGUAAUGGUGAAUUGCUUAAAGAAUUUCUGUUCAGCCUUGGAGCCAAUGCUUCGAAAAGUGGUGAGUGAAGAGGUGGAAAAUGGGAUACAGAGGGGUGCAAGGUCAUUAACUAGGUCUCCUUCAUUGAGAAUUCAAGCAUUGGAACCAUCAAGCUUGCAACUUAUAUUUAGCAAGAAACUUUCUCUACCAAUAUUCACUGGAAGCAAGAUAAUGGACAUCGAAAACUCUCCUCUUCAUAUCCUUCUGGUAGACAAAACAUGUGAUCGUUUGGUUCCAACAAGUCUUCCUUUUACCUUAAAAGUUGAAAUUGUGGUUCUCGACGGGGACUUUCCUCCACCCGGGGGUCAAGAAACUUGGACUAGUGAUGGAUUUGACAAGAAUGUACUCAAGGAGAGAACCGGGAAGCGACCCUUGCUAAACGGAGAGCUGCAAUUCACCAUGAGGGAUGGGUUUGCGCCUUUUGGAGAAGUUGAAUUCACUGACAAUUCGAGUUGGAUUCGGAGCAGAAAGUUUAGGCUUGGUGCAAGAGUGGUUCAAGGUAGUAGCCGGGGUUUUAGGAUACGCGAAGCCAUGACCGAGCCUUUCGUUGUUAAAGACCACCGUGGAGAACUAUACAAAAAGCAUCACCCACCCAUGCUAGAAGACGAAGUAUGGAGAUUGGAGAAGAUUGGGAAAGAUGGAGCCUUUCAUAAGAAGCUAACCUCCAUGGGUAUUAACACUGUUCAAGACUUCUUGAAGCUCUCUGUUGUGGAUCCAUCCAAGCUCAGAAAGAUACUAGGGAUUGGAAUGUCAGAGAAAAUGUGGGAAGUAACCAUAAAGCAUGCAAGAAGUUGCAUUAUGGGUAACAAAUUUUAUAUAUCCCGUGGGCCCAAUUACACUUUGAUGUUGAAUCCUAUUUGUCAAGUCAUCAAGGCUAUGAUAAAUGAACAAACAUACCCUACAACCGGAAUCACAAGUAUGCAUAAGGCCUAUAUUGAGAAUUUGGUGAGAGAAGCAUUUGCUAGUUGGAAUUCCUUGGAAGAAGUUGAUGGACUACUUCUGAAUGAAACGCCUCUGCUACUAACCCAAGGUAAUGUAGUCGAGCAGUAUCCUAACCAUCAUCAACAGAGCAUGGCAACAUCAUAUGAUCAACAACAUUUAUCAAUAACUGAUGGAUCCAUGGAGGUGGCUUCAGCAGCAACCAACAGAAACAUGGAAUGCAAUGAUCACUGGCUUGUUAAUUCAACACUCUUCAGUAGUCCAAUUGAAGCUGGUGUUCAUUGCAACUUCUCUGAGUCCUCAUCCGAUGAUGAUUUACCACCUGCAAGGCGUUUCAUCCACCAUACUUGAUAGUAUUGAUGGAGGUGAGGCGGAUGCUAUGGCUCCAGAAAAUGAUCCCCCGAAACUUCACCGAAUUUAGAACAAGUGGUUGUGAUCCACUUGGAUGUGUAGGGCUCCGGCCUACACUCAGCCACUCUCAACCACCUAUAUUAGAUUCCGGUUGAGUUUCGGAGACCAUACUCUGGGAUCAUAGAAUUUCUCGAUGGCAUUGUGCCCUCUAUCCUAAUUUGAUGCAUUUAAGCAUAUACUCCUAUAAAGCCGCCCUUUUGUAAAAAAAUAAUAAUGUGGCUUGGCACUUAGAAAGAAGCACAAGGCUCUUCUGAAUAUGUUUACGACGUGGGGAAAAAUCCCGAGAUACUGAAAAAUGCAGUAAAUUGUGAUUUUAAUUAGUGAA